GAUCAAUUUAUCCGAAUUGAUACAAAUCUCCCACCCGGCCACCUCUGCCUUCCUUCAAUCUCUACGGAGUACUUCCAUUCACUUCUGUGAGUUCUCUCACAUCAAGUCAUCAGUCUACUUCCCCUCUGAGAAACUCAGAACUUCAAACUUCAAUUCACCCUACCCCAAAUCAUCUGGGAAACAAUUAGAGUAACUUUUUCAUAGUAAAUGUCAGAUUAUCUUCCUCUUUGUCCUUCAAAAUGGAGGGCGAAACAGAAAAAAACAGAAAAGAUGACAAACACCCACCUAGCUACUCUUUGGAAUGGAGUCUAUGGCAACUUCUAGAUUCCAUACUACCAACCGGUGGUUUUGCACAUUCAUUCGGGCUCGAGGCAGCAAUACAAGCCCGUUUAGUCAACGACCCGGAAGACCUCCACACUUUCGUGAUCCAAGUUCUCCAAAAUACCGGGAGCUUACUACUCCCUUUCGUGUAUGCUACUACUAUAACACCCGACAUAAAAACUUGGCAUAAACUCGACAAAAUGUUGGAUGCAACGCUAACCAACGAGGUAGCUCGUAAAGCAUCAACUACACAAGGUUCAGCUCUUCUGAGAAUUGCUGCAGCCGUAUUUACAGAAUUACCCUCUUUAAAAACCAUGAGAGAACAGUCACUAGGAGGAGCUAUUUCUCUGCACCAUGCUCCAAUCUUCGGGCUUGUUUGUGGGCUUCUCGGGCUUUCUCCUGAUAUAUCCCAACGGGCUUACUUGUUUAUUACGUUAAGAGACGUGAUCUCUGCUGCAACGAGGCUGAAUUUGAUCGGGCCUCAGGCCGGGGCGGUUAUGCAGCACGCGGUGGGUUCUACUGCCGAGAAGGUUUUGAUGACGUGGAAGGAUCGUGACGUUGAAGAUGCAUGCCAAACUAUGCCAUUGAUUGAUGCUGUGCAGGGUUGCCAUGGCUACUUGUUCUCUAGAAUGUUCUGCUCAUAGGUGAAUUUGUUUACUUUAUUCCAAAUCAAUAAUUGUAUUGAGAAAUAGAUUGAUAAAUUAGCAUAUGGCAUAAUCGUAAAUAAAUAGAUUGAUAAAUUUGUUUACUUGUUCUCUGGAAUGUUCUGCUCAUAGAUAUUGUUAUUUAGUGGGCAUCUGGUUCAAAAAAAAGGAUGAUUGUCUAAUACAGUUGGUUGCUUGAUGAAGUUAUUUGUGUUA